AUGGGCAGCUUCGUGCCUAGCAACGGAUCUCGACUACAGCCCCCUUGGUCGACCGUGCAAUUGUCCCAGCGAGAUGUUUCGUUGCGUGUUCCGAUCAAUUUCGUGACCCAACCCGCUGUUUCGCUUUCGGCAGCAUGUUUUGGCAAAAAAGUGUAUGAUGAAAAUGCUGCAACGCGAUGCGUCUCGAAUCUCCUGUCUGUAGGAUAUCGACGGCUACACGUUGAUCUAUAUUGGGCUGUCUCAAGGAAGCAGUGGAGCUUGUGUCCAGUGACAAUACCGAUCGAUAUUACUUCUUCUCCUUCGUCAAUCUUGGCAUCUUCUUCGACAAGUUCGACCUCUGUACGGGAUCGCAAGCCACGGGCCACGGGCUUCGCUGCAGAUGAGAUACACCAUGGAAGGGAAACGAGUGAAGAAUUCCUUACUCGUCGAGCCAAGGCCCCUAUCACAAAAAGCCCUCUUGGGACAGAGCUUUACCAGCUCGGCCCCUUCUCAUGCUCCACAAAAGUUGAUAUUGCAACCGUAACUCGCGUUGUCUCCGAUUAUUUCGACAAGACACAGGAUACAUUGAAUGCUCAAAUGGUACAUAUUAUCUUAAAUGCGCAUGCUGCUUCAUCGUUUGAGAACCCCGAGGCACCAGCACCCGCGCCAAAAGCGGAUCAACUUCCAACUUUUCAAGACUCAUUAAAACCUACCCUCGAUACCAUACUGGCAACAUACUUAUAUACACCCCCUGAGCUCUCAUCUGAGAGAGGAAAUCUAAAUAGGUCGUGGUACACCGUUCUUCCCUCAAUGAGACCCCUUACUGGGUACUUUAGUACCCAGGGUAAACCCGGCUCUUUCCUAGAGACACAAGAUGGGUGGCCCAACGAAGGCUUUCUUGAACUAUCCAAGGCCCAGCGACUACUUUUAGGGUGGGGGACAGUUGAUCCGCAAAUGAAAGCGUACAAAUUUGAUGACAGCAACCAUACCAUAUUCCCAAGCAACUCUAUCUCAACUUCUUUACAGUUUAAGGCGAACGACGCCGAAAACUCCAGGAUCAAUUGUUUAUAUAAUGACAACAUUACUGAUAUCGCGACCAUCACACCAUGGGGAUUGGCAGAUAUUCCUUACACUGAAUCCUUAUCCCAGUUAUCGCUCUUUGCUAGCAAAAUAGUUGACUGCGGUAUAUCCCCGCUAGUCAACUAUACAAUCUUCAAUGUGACGGCGGAUGAAGACAUUGAACCCUAUCGAAACGUGUCUCUCUCAUCAACCUGGUCAUGGACCGAAGGAGAGCCACUCUAUUCAAUGGAUGGUGCAACUGUUGACGCUUAUCGCUGCUCUGUGAUGGAUCUUUCCCUUUCCGGUCGCUGGAGAGCCAGUGGGUGCACAGAUAAGCUGUUCUCUGCCUGCCGUAUAGGCGAUUCUCCAUUCGAAUGGACACUGUCGAAGAAACCCGAGCCUUAUCUUACUGCGGGGUACACCUGCCCUGAAAACUCGAGCUUUUCUGUACCCCGUACGGCAUUGGAAAACACAUAUCUCUAUAGACGCCUUGUCCAACAGCCAAAAAGCCUCAUUGAUCCAUCUUCCGAAGAGCCUAACAAGUAUAGUAUUUGGAUUGAUCUAAAUUCUUUUGAUGUACCGAGAUGUUGGGUGACAGGCGGCCCAAAAGCCCAAUGCCCGUAUGAAGUUGAUGUGAACGCCGCCCGAAGGCGCAACAUUCUAGUCCCCAGCAUCGCUGCUAUCAUUAUAUUAAUUAUCACUGCCCUGACCCUUUUUGUCAAAUGCAAUGCCAACCGUAGCAAUUCGAGGAGAACGAGGGUCAUUGGAGGCUGGGAGUAUGAAGGUGUCCCAUCCUGA